UAAUGAAAUUUUCUUUUGUCAUGAUCGAAUUCCAAAAUCUCAUACACGACGAUUUUGAGAAACUGGAUUGUUGAUAUUAACAACAAUUUAAUACAUAAACCGAUUAAAACAGAAAUAAACUCUACAUAACAGAGAAAAUGGUCAUCUAUUGGAAUCGUCCACACUUGAAUGAACAGAACAACAGAUGCUUAACAUCACAGGUCAUGCUGAUACACUACCAUAAGUGUCGCUUGAAGAGACUACGUAAACAUGUGGCGUAACUGUACCGAGUUGUCCCGCUUCAAUGAGUAUAAGAGGAAGAUGAGAUCUCGUCGUGGUGUUCCAGCUUGGAGAAGCUGAUUUGAAUUGGAUCUGAAAUCUCAUCUCCCAACUUCUAUCUUCGUGAGUUCGAUUCAGAAUCACGGUCUGAUCAUCACCCGGACGAGGAUAGUCUUCUCCAAACGAAUUUGACUCUGAUUGCGUUGACGUGUCCUCUGAGUGAUGUUGGUGUGAUGAUCGAUAGACAGCUUCCGCAAGUUCCAUGAGCGAGUUGUAGAUUGUGACUUGGAUAUGCUCUUGUACCACAAGGCUCUUCCUCUAAAAGUAAAAACAAAACUAACAAAAAUAUUUAAAUGUGUACAUAAAAGAAAUUUAAUUAGAUAAUUUCUAAACUUUCUCACCUAACCGAAUGAAAAAGAGACAAGUCAAUCAAACCAAUUUAAGUUCUAAACCGGAAUGUACUAAAAUAUACACAUAAAAAUGUCUAUUGGUACCCUGAAAAGCUCUUUGGUCGAAUAGUCGUCAUAUUUUGCUACGUGUAAACUUAAUAACUUUUCUUCUCUUACUUUAUAUAUCUCUCUAACAUGUAAAGAGAAAGAAGUUUCACACAAAGAAAAGUUUGAAAAAAAAGAAGAUAUUAAAGGUUUUAGAGAAGUGAGAAAAAGUGGUGGCCAUGGAGAAGUAUGCGAUGGUGAAGGAUUUGGGAUUUGGUAAUUUCGGAUUGGCUCGGCUUAUGCGUAAUAAAAAAACAAACGAGCUUGUGGCUGUCAAAUUCAUAGAUAGAGGAUACAAGAUAGACGAGAACGUUGCAAGAGAAAUCGUCAAUCAUGGAUCUCUCAAUCAUCCCAACAUUGUUCGGUUUAAAGAGGUUGUCUUAACUCCGACACAUCUUGGAAUUGUAAUGGAGUAUGCAGCUGGAGGAGAACUGUUCGAUCGGAUAUCAAGCGCAGGACGAUUCAGCGAAGCUGAGGCUAGAUAUUUCUUUCAACAACUCAUUUGCGGAGUGUAUUACUUACAUGCAAUGCAAAUAUGCCAUAGAGAUCUGAAAUUAGAAAAUAUUUUGCUUGAUGGAAGUCCAGCACCCCGUCUAAAAAUUUGUGAUUUUGGCUACUCGAAGUCUUCUAUUCUGCAUUCAAACCCUAAAUCAACGGUGGGGACUCCGGCAUAUAUAGCCCCGGAAGUUUUUGGUCGUUCGGAAUACGACGGGAAGUCAGUUGAUGUGUGGUCUUGUGGAGUGGCACUCUAUGUUAUGUUGGUAGGAGCUUACCCUUUCGAAGACCCUAAAGAUCCCCGCAAUUUCCGAAAAACUGUCCAGAAAAUAAUGGCUGUUAAGUACAAAAUUCCAGGAUAUGUUCACAUAUCUGAAGAUUGCAGGAACUUAUUAUCUCGUAUAUUUGUUGCUAAUCCAUCACAUAGAAUUACGCUCAAAGAGAUUAGGAGUCAUGCAUGGUUCCUUAAGAAUUUGCCAAGAGAACUAAAGGAAUCCGCCCAAGCAGUCUAUUACCAAAGGAAUGUUAAUCUUACUAACCUUUCUCCUCAAAGAGUAGAGGAGAUUAUGAAGAUACUUGGUGAGGCAAGCACCAUUCCAGACCUUUCACGCCCACUCGAAUUCCUUGAAGAUGGUGAAAAAGAUGAUGUUGAAGAAGAAGAAGAAUAUUUGGAUGCUAAUGAUGAAGAAUGUGAUGAUGAGUAUCCAUAAACAAAAAUAUUACUAAUAUUGUCUAAUUAUGAGAAGUACUUGUAAUUUUAUUUUUGAAUUUCGGUUUUAAUUUACUAAGUUAAGAGAACAUAAGAAACUAAAAUAAAAUAUAUUUUGAGUAACAAA